AUGAGUGUUGAAAAAACACAGGAAAUAUUUGCGGCACUUAUUCAAAAACCACAAUUAACAGACCAACUAUUAUCUCGACCGCCGUUUAAGUUUAUUGUGGACAUUGUUAACAGUGUAAUCAAGGCAACAGGUUAUUUAAAGGUCAACUUAAAUAUUGCAAUGAAACUAAUGCUUAACAAAGUUAAAUUUCAGGAUGAGUUUUCGGAAGAAGACCUGUCCAGUGCAGGCUCUGAUAAAAACUCAAAGACAGCUUUUCUAGAGAAACUCAUUAACAUUUUGGAUGAUGGUAGUUUAAAAAAUGUGAAAGCAGCCAAAAUUAUUUCUGGAAAAGAUGCUGAAGAAACUAAUAAAGUGAGUUAAAUAUACUUUUCUUAACUUUUCGUUAUGUCACUCCACAGAUGUUGCAAAAACUUGGAACAAAUGCAGCGAGUUUUCAACCCAAAAUACUUAAGAAAAAGUCUAGCAAAAAAUCAAAAGACGAUGAGAAACAAUUGAGCAAAGAACGAAAAAGCAAAAAAGUAAGAUCUUCAUUAUAGUUUUUAUGCUAAGCUAAUUUUAUAAUCUCAGGAAGUUCAUGAUGAAAAAUUAGAGAAAAGCAAAACCAGUAGCAAAGCUGACGACAAACCUGUUGAAGAGAGGAAAAAGAAGAAGCCAAACUCAAUUUCUAAAGAACGUAACAAGUCAUCCGAAAGAAAAUCUUCUAAAGAAAAAACAAAUACAAAAUCGACGGACGCAAUUGAAAUACCGAAGAAAAGCAAGAAAAUUUCAAGUGUACGUGCUCUCAAAAGGGCAGACUCAAUGAUAGCAAUAAACGGAGAUGCUCCUGGUACCCCUAACAAUGACAUUGAUAAUCCUCCCGAUGAAGGGUAUAAUGAUCAAGAAGUUGUCGGACCACCGCUUUUGACUAACUCACAGAGUGAAAACAAUGUCGAGACAUAUUUAAUGCAACAACCAGUAUUGAUGCCUUCAGAAAUGGGGGAAGAAGUCACAUCAAGUCCAAUUAAACUAGAAGACACACCUCUGAUCAUCAGGUAAAUUUGUGAAUUGACACUUAGUAUUGAAUGAGUAAUGUAGGCCAACGACAGCAGCUGCCGGAGGUAGACCAAUGACAUCAAUGGGCAGACCAGGAACAGCAGCGUCCAGACCAGCUCCACCUAAACUAAAGAAAAAACAAAUCGCGAAUGUGGAUGCAAUUCCCCAAGAAGUAAACAAAAGCAUAUUAAAGUUUAAAAACUUGAUAACUCUGCAGGUGAUCGAGUUGAAAUCAAAAAUAAUAAAUGAGGACGAAAAAAAUGACAUCAAUGAACAUGCCGAAAACUUCAUUAUGGAGAACGAUGAGGAGGAAGAGCACCCUGUAAUCGAUAUUGAAGCGGUUGAUGAAGAAGAUAGAGGAGCUUUAGUUCAAAAAAUAAUUGACAAAAAAGCCGAAAUUGAAGACGGAGCAACUCAAGAUCAUGAAGGCAAUUUAGACGCGGACCGUACGAUGUCGGUGGAGAAAGCAAAAGUGCGAGCGCUACAGGAUAAAUUACAAGAUCUGACUCGUUCUGCAUAUCCAUUCGCUCGUCUUUUCGAUUUUGCAAAUGUGAGGAGCAGAUUUUGAAAAAGUGAAUACAUUUUAUUACAGGAUGAUAUUGAAUCUAUGAUAAAAGAGUUGGAACGAUGGAGAAGUGAACAACGUCUAAAUGAACAAGAAGAUCAGAACAAAAGAGCAGCAGGCUAUGGGGACAGCAGCAGGUAUUUUAGACUGGUUACGUAAGCUAAAGAUAUUUUUCAGACUUUAUAAUAUAAUAGCUAACUUACAAAAAGAAAUAAACGAUAUAAAGGAAGAGCUCAGCAAAGCACGUGGACGCGUUCUUAAAAACGAAAAACGCAUUCAGCUGUUCAUUGCAAAUUUCUGA